AGGGGUUGAAAGGGGAAAAAAAGGACAGCAUUAGGGUAAAAAGUUCAAGUGAAUUGUGCCCAGCAAAGCAGGUCAUCAAUAUACUUCAACCUCAGUGUCUUCAUUUAUUUACAGCCCAUCAGCUCUAUGCACCCUCCUUUGUCAAUGAGGCGUCUUGGUGAGGAUGGUGAACAUAUUCGGUCCCUGUGUGGCUUCUCCAUUUUUGCCAAGUACUUAGAGUGACCUGUCAGGAUAUUUUUGCAUCUUUAAUGACCUGAGUGCUUGUGGACUGUGUCAAUUUUAUCUUGCAUUUGAAAGCCACAGAUUAGUGAACCCUGCAGCCAAGUUGAAUGCAGAGUCCAGAGCUGUUAAUAAGCCUGAGGAGGCUCUCUCCUUAGUUACCCAAAACAUGUGCUAAAGGAGCAGAGAAAAUCAGCUGGCUGAGACACCUAUCUCCUGUCACAGAGAUGGGAGACCUAAGAUGUCCAGCGGGGGCAUCUCAGUCCAGGGCAAAAUUCUUUGGGGUGUCACUGAAUUGCUUGCUUACAUCCUUUCUCAAACACCUUCUCGGGUCUCAGGGUGACCUGUUCAAUCUCUAUGUCUUGUCACAAUGCACGUUCACUUGUGUUCAUUCAUCUACCCACAGGGGCCUCCAAGGUGCCAACACCCACUCCAACCAGCCUCACAAAGAAGCAAGUGAAGCAGAAGGUGAAGAGCCUGACCACUCAGCUCCAGGUGAUGACCACCCAACGGAAUGAUCUGAGAGAUCGACUCAUCUUAGUAACCGAAGGAUCCUUGGACAACAGGCCCUACCACAGGCCAAAUCCUUUCUGGGAAAAGCUCAAAAUGGAACAUCAGCAGGUCAUGUCAGACCUGCAGAAGUUUGAGAAUGAGAAUUUGGAGGCCUCACAGAAGCUCAGUGAGCUGACCAAAGAGAAAGUCUUCCUUUUUGAUCUGCAGAGCCGGCUCCUGAUGGAGCAGAGUCAGCUCAAAAAGAAAUUGGAUAUGCUGAGGCAAGAGAAGGAGAUCAUACUGGAGGAUUGGGUCAGUGCUGAAGCACCACUUGGGUGACUUGCAAGUGCUCAGGAAGGAUCAAGAAGAGAUCAGUGACCACCACAACCAGCAACAGCAGGUAGGGACAGGGAGCUGGGUCACAGUUAGGUCCAGCAUCAUUUACUUAUGUAACUUUACCAAAUCUACCCAUCCAGACACCUGUGCUCUAUCUCAUCACUUUCCUCAUCCAUACACCCAUCCAUCCACCCACUUGAUGACAUAAAAUUGUUCAUUCUGUGUCUGUGCAUUAGUAUUUCUGAGAAGUGAGUCUCCUCUGAGAAUCUUGGUCAUUGGCAUGCAAUCCCUGAUACUCUUCUUGAACCUGUAGUCAAUGGGGAGAAACAGGUCAAUCACUCAUCACACAGCUACAUGUCAUUAUAAUGGGAGGAUUGCUACACACAGAAUUGAGUUCAAGAGUAAAAAUUUUUCCAACAAUCUCCACUGGUUCAAGAGUAUGCCCUCGUAGGCCAUUUUAGUUCCCAGGAAUGGAAAGCUGAGUUUUGGGACUUUGCUUAAAG